ACAAAAGUGUUUGCAGAAGCGAGGUCAUGAAAUGAGACAUAAUCGUGUCAGAUCGUUAGAAAACUGCUGCUUUGUGAGGAUUGUGUUUGGUAGAAAAAAAAAGUUUUAGAAAGGAUACGAGGAUAAAGCCGACAAGUACAGGCCUGUCAGCCUAACAUCCGUAAAGGGGAACCUUUUUGAUGUAGUCAUGUGGGGGGAAGUAAUUGGCAAUUGAAAUGUAUGGAUUAAUGAAUGAAAGUCAGCUCGGAUCUGUUAAAGGUACAUGGUCUUUGGCUAACUGAAUCGAAAGCUUUGAUGAAUAAUGGAGUGGGUUAUGAGAUCAGUGCGGUUGAAAUGAAUAUGAACCUUCAAAAGGUGUAUGACAAAGCACCAUGUAAGGAAUUAGGAGAUUAAAGGGAGCAGCACAGUUUUUUUCAGAUUAGAGGGAAUCACGCGAUAAUGUUGUCGAAGGAACAUAAUUGGAAGUACUGUUCUGCUAUUAAUGAUCUGGAUAUAAGUCAGGGCUCAAUUACGAUAUUUCUAAUUGACAGAAGACCUGGAAAGGUAGUUAUCAGAAACAAGCAGUGAAAUAACCCUGGGAAUGAUUUAAACAGACUGCGAAAUUGACAUACAUAUGGCGGAUGAUGCUUAAUAAGGAGCAUUGUGAGGUAAUUUACAGCAAGCUAUAAAACAGUGGGGCAAACGUAGAUCCAUUCGGCCCAUCCAGUCUGCUCUACCACUCAAUGAAAUCAUAACGAAUUUAAUGGCCUUCCACGUCACUUUCCUGCUUUUUCCCCAUAGCCUUGACUCCUUCACUGAUUUAAAGCCUGCCUCUCUCAGCCUUCAUGAGGUACCGCUCUCUGUGGCAAAGAAUUCCACAGAUUCCCUACCCUCGAGCAGAAAAAAUAUCUCUUCCCCACCCCCGUCUUCAAUCAGUCAUUUAUUUAUUUAGUCACGAUAAAUUCACUUGUUCCAUGUCAAAAUGAAUUCAGAAAUGAGAGGCGGACAAACGAAAUGAAUGCAGAAACGGAGGUUUAAAGGUGUCUGUACAAGCUGGCAGCUGGCAGAGCAAGUUGUUAAAAGGCCCGGGUGAUAAGGGGUGCUACCCUUCUGAAAGAAGUAUCUUUGGAAUUAUAUAAUAAAUGUAGUCAAAGAUCACAUGUCAUAAUUUAAAAUGGAGCAGAUGUCCUGAGGAUUUAACUAAUAUGGCUUCCACGGCGUGGCCCGGGAUUGGGUGGUUUUCUGCAGCGGUAGGGAAUGUGGUUCCUGUCUCCUGCUCGACUUUUAACAAAGAUGGCCUUUGUCUUACUUUUUAAAAUAUGAUUCCUGUUACUAAUACAGCACUGUGUUGAACUUGGCGCCACAUCUCGAUAUCCUCAAUUUAUCACGUCGUGUAUUCAUGGUUCUUCUGUCGGAUGUUGCAAGGGUCUGCUGGGCUGAGGAUGCUGGAGAUCCCCUACUCUGUGGAGUGGCUGGCUCAGAGCAGUCAAAGACUGGAUGGGCCUGGGCAACAUGUCAGCCUGAACCAGAACCUGGACAGACAAUCUGCCGGCAGCAAGCAAGCGCUCACUGUUCAGCAAGAGACAGAGGACGGUGAGCUAUGCAGAGCCGACACAGCGCACAGCAAAGACAGAAGGAUUCCCAAGAAAGAGAGAGAAAGCUCAGUAAGAAGCAAGAAGCAAUGGGGCAAAACUCCACAGGGAGCUUUGGAAUCCCCCGUGAGCUGCGGAGUUAGUGCCUCCCUGGACAGGGACUCCAGAACCGAGGGAUGGGCUGAUCGCCGGAGGCUUCGCACUGUCUUCACCGGGGAACAACUGCGCGUUCUCGAGUUGAGUUUCCAGUGUCAGCAAUACCCGGGAUCCGAGCAGAGGCGGAACCUAGCUGGAGAGCUUCAUCUAUCCGAGACACAGGUCAAAACCUGGUUUCAAAAUCGUCGAAUGAAACUCAAACAGCAGCUUCAAGAUGCUCGGGCUGAGGCAUUUAAGUCCAGAUUGUUUCUUCAGUAUUUCUCCAAUCCCUAUGUCUCUAUUCAAAGUUUGUAUCCCAUGACAGAUUCCAGCAUUGUUGCUCAUUUCACUGAAUUUGGACCUCACCACACACAGACUUCUACCCCUUUAUGUUCUCUUGACCAUCGGCCAAACUUACAGCAGAACAGUGCAAAAGCUACUCCUUGUCGAUUCCACCCAUAUCUGCGUAUCUAAUAAAGAAAUAAAUUUAUGGCAACAUAAGAUGCAUAUCAAAAAUAAUAACUAUAGAUGAUCUUUCAUCAGGCAACAUAUUAUAGUAUAUUUAUUUUUUACAUCUAUUUUUGCAAUCGUUUGUGGGACAUUAUUGCAGUUGUACACACUAAAUCAUGAAGUCUUGAAAAUCUUUCAUCAGUAAUCAGUCCUGAACAAUCAAGCCUAAAUCAGGUUGUGCUGACAGUAAAGCAUUGAUUUGCGUUCUUGUAAUAUACAUUCCUUUUUAUUGAAACUUGUUGAAUCAUUUGAUAGAUAAUACGGAAGUUUUCAAAGGAGUGAUCACAAGAAUACAUUGGAAGUUAUAUGGUAGACUAACUGUUUCUGAAAGAUAGAGUUUCCAGCUUAGAAUAUUAUAUACACAGGACAAAAUAUUUAUAAUUAUUACUGUGGUUUGCUUCAACCAGCUUGUGACUCCAGAACUACUUCCUUUGGAUUUUGUCUCCAGAAUUCUCUAGACCUAACUCCAAACUGAGAUACAAAUUUGUAGAAACAGAUAAGGUCUUUAAACGACAAAUGCUCCUGCAUAUUGUGGGUGGAUCUGCUUUUCUGAAUGGUCAUUAGACAGUAGCAAGGAACAGUAACUCUAUUCAUUCAUUUCUUUUUCUUGCAAACUUAUAAUACUACCUCUCCUGAGAUUUGUGACUCAGCCUAAAAAUAAAAAAAAGUGCUGUGGUUCUGUUCGCCGAGC